CUUACUCACUCUUUUAACUUUCUAGUGACGGAAUUUAUUGUGAAUCCCUCUUUAACUUUCAAAUUUAUUGUGAAGUGUUUGUUUAAGGAAAAUGGUUGAUAAGCUGCAAUUGCUCUAAAGAGACCACACGCCCACUCUUUCUCGAUAUCCUUGUUUUCUCUUAUCCCUCUUCCCUUUCCUUUCCUGAUAAACAGGAGACACACAGAGAGACUGAGACCCAGUGAGAGAGAGAGACGAACAGAGUGAGAGAGGGAGACCCAGAGGGAGAAAACGAGCGUGUGAGAGAGAGACCCCGUGAGAGAGAGAGUCGUGGGUGGCUGCCCCGCAACCCAGCUUCGGCGAUCUCUGAGCUCAGAAACAAUUCCAGUAGGUAAAGAGCAAGCUGGAAUAGAAGGCCAAAAUGAGGGCAGAAAUAAUUUAUCCACUAAUUUGUAUUAAGCACUUUGAUAGACCUUAUAGAUCUUUGCAAAAUUUUUGUUGUAAAAGAGGAAAAGUGACAAACCUAACCUUAACGGGUUGGAGGUGUUACACUAUUAGUAUUAAUAGUGAUGGUAAUUAUAUGAAGAAGAAGAAGAAGAAGAAGCAAAUGUGUUCGUUGAUAUGUGCCACUUCGCUUUUUGAUAAUGAGUCUGACAAUUUUCUUAGAGAAAACACCGCAACUGGUACAGCUAGUACCGGCAACACCGACGAAAUUGUAAUGACUGGAACCACCGCUAGAGGGCGUAGAUUGCUCAAGAUUCGGGAGGAGAAGAGGAAGCGCGAACAUGACCGCCUUCAUAGCUAUCCACCAUGGGCCAAAGUCCUAGAAGACGCUUGCAAAGACGAUUCCGAGCUCCGCGCCGUUCUCGGCGAUAGCAUCGGCAACCCUGAGCUCAUGCGCAAAAGGGUUGAAGAAAGAGUUCGGACGAAGGGUCGAGACUUUAGCAAAUCAAAAACGGGUUCCAUCCUGUCCUUCAAAGUCAGCUUUAGAGACUUCAAUCCUCUCGAUUCCUUCAUAUGGUUGGAAUUUUAUGGAUCACCAUCUGAUCGGGAUGUUGAUCUUAUUGGUAGUGUCAUUCAGUCAUGGUAUGUUAUGGGGCGUUUGGGUGCUUUUAAUUCUGCUAAUCUGCAGCUGGCAAAUUCAUCAAUGGAUUACAAUCCCCUGUAUGAUGCAAAGAAGGGUUUCGAUGUGAUGCCAUCUUCAUUUCACGACAUCAGUGAUGUUGAAUUUCAGGAUAACUGGGGUCGUGUUUGGGUAGACCUUGGUACAUGUGAUUAUUUUGCCAUUGAUGUACUCCUCAACUGCUUGACGGUGUUGAGUUCAGAUUAUUUAGGCAUACAGCAGAUAGUUUUUGGCGGGCGUUGCAUGGGUGACUGGGAAGAGGGGAUGACAAACCCCGAGUAUGGAUACAAAUACUUCAAGAUCUGAAAUCAAUUUGGAUAUCCAUGGAUAUGCUGUUAAUAUGGAUUGGGUAUUGGAACCGAUUAAAUGUCAUGGUAGUCAUGCUGUUAGACUUUUAACCCUCUCAAGUCAUUCAGGAGAAUGUUAAAGACUAUUUUGACAUUUUGCAAAGAAAUGGCUCUUCUAUAACAACUUAUAAUUUGAAUGAGUAAA